UGCAUUGAAAAAUCCACACUAAUUAAGUAUUAAAUCAUCAUAAUCUUAUCCUUAUAAAUGAAUGGCAAAUCUCUAACUUACACUAACACAGUAAUCAUCAGGGCAGGCAGUUUCCCGCGUGCAGCCCCCCACCCCCUAUAAAUACAAGGACCACCCAGCCCACCCUUAUCAGUCUACCAACCAAACAAUUUGCUCAACGGAAAAGAAGAGAACAUGGCACGCGAAUCUGGCUCGCUUCUCUUCGUAUUCCUCGCAAUUUUGCUGGCUUCUGCCCUCAACGAAGCCUCCAACGUCGGCGGAUGGCAGCCGAUCAACCCGAAAGACCCACAGGUGGUUGACAUCGCAAAUUUUGCGGUGACGGAGCACAACAAGGAGGCUGGUUCGGCCCUGGUUUUUCAAGAUGUGGUCAAGGGACAAAAGCAGGUGGUGGCGGGAAUUAAUUACCAGCUGGUUAUCGCCGCCGGGGACGGCACCCCCGCCGGUGUGAGGCUGUAUUAUCAGGCGAUUGUUUGGGAGCAGGCGUCGCAGAAAUCCCGGAAACUCCUGUCCUUCCAACAAAUUAGAGGUUAAUGGAAAUUUUAGGGCGUUGAUGGUGGCUGCGCUCAUAUAUAUUCACAUGUAUUUUUACAAAGAAUAAGGAAGAUAAUGGUGACUACAAAGUUUGAAUUAAGGGCAACCACCAUUACUUCAAUUUUCCGUCUUUCACUUCUCAUAUAUCCACACAUUUAUGUGAAUCAUCAGUACUAAUGAAAUUCAUUAACAUAUAAAUCUUCACUGUCCAAAAGGAAAAAGCUCUACAACAAAGUAGUUGCAUUGGAAACCUUGGAAGGAU